CCGGAAGCAGAUGCGCCGUCUCCAUCUCGCUUCUUCUGUUUUUUUUUGUUUUCAUUGAUUUGAAACAUGGCGUCUGAAGGAGAGGCGGGCAGUGCUGCUACAAUCGAACCGGAGACCGGAGACGGGGAUGUUGCAUUUGGGGAACUACCCACUAGCAUGGAUACGGAAUCAUCCAACGGCAAAGAGGGAAUGGAAACGGCCGGCGAGGGCUCCGAGGCUGCGGACGCGCUGACUGGAUCCGGAGACGAGGAGAGCGGCAGGCAGCUGGGAGAAGUGGAGCUGCAGUGUGCUUUGUGUAUGAAGUGGUUCACCGCAGACACAUUUGGCAUCGACACUGCGACCUGUCUUCCCUUCAUGACUAAUUACGUGUUCCACUGCAACGUGUGCCAUCACAGCGGCAACACCUACUUCCUCAGGAAACAAGCAAACCUGAAGGAGAUGUGUCUCACAGCGCUGGCAAACCUGACGUGGCGGUCCAGAACACAAGACGAGCACCCAAAGACCAUGUUCUCCAAAGACAAGGAUAUCAUACCAUUCAUUGACAAGUACUGGGAGUGCAUGACGACCCGUCAGAGACCUGGGAAGCUUACCUGGCCCAACAACAUUGUGAAGACAAUGAGUAAAGAGCGAGAUGUGUUUCUGGUGAAGGAACACCCUGACCCCGGCAGUAAAGACCCAGAGGAGGAGUACCCCAAAUUCGGCCUGUUGGACCAGGACCUGGGAACCAUUGGACCGUCCUACGACGCGCAGAAACAGACCACUGCUGCUCCCACUGCUGCUGGGCUCAACGGUGGAUCUUCUUUCUCAGGUGCUUUGGCCCCUGGCCCAGGAAAAGGAAGAGGGGCCAAACGCAAGCAGCAGCAGCAACAGGAGGGCACUGCUGCAGGAGCUACUAAGAGAACCCGAAGCGAUCCCCUGUUCUCGGCCCAGCGCCUUCCUCCUCACGGUUACCCGCUGGAGCACCCAUUCAACAAAGACGGGUACCGCUACAUCCUGGCCGAGCCAGAUCCUCACGCUCCAGACCCGGAGAAGCUUGAACUGGACUGCUGGGCCGGCAAACCCAUCCCUGGGGAUCUGUACAGGGCCUGUCUGUAUGAGAGGGUGCUGCUGGCUUUACAUGACAGAGCGCCGCAGCUGAAGAUCUCGGACGACCGUCUGACGGUGACCGGGGAGAAGGGCUACUCCAUGGUGCGAGCCUCCCACGGGAUCCGGAAGGGCUCCUGGUACUUUGAGGUUACCGUUGAGGAAAUGCCUCCAGAGACGGCCGCCAGGCUCGGCUGGUCGCAACCGCUCGGAAACCUGCAGGCACCUCUGGGUUACGACAAGUUCAGCUACUCGUGGCGCAGCAAGAAGGGCACGCGGUUCCACCAGUCGAUAGGGAAGCAUUACUCCUCUAGCUACGGUCAGGGAGACACGCUGGGCUUCUUCAUCGAGCUGCCCGACGCCACGGAGACUGCCAAGGCUCUGCCGGACACCUACAAGGACAAGGCACUAAUCAAGUUCAAGAGCUACCUGUACUUUGAGGAAAAGGACUAUGUCGACAAAGCAGAGAAAAGCCUGAAGUCGAUGAGCUCCAGCAAAAUGAUAUUCUAUAAAAACGGAGUGAGCCAAGGUGUAGCCUUUGAAAACCUGUUUGAAGGCAUGUACUUCCCCGCCAUCUCACUCUACAAGAGCUGCACGGUGUCUGUUAACUUUGGGCCGCAUUUCAAACACCCUCCAAAGGAUCUGAAGUACCAGCCGAUGAGCGACAUGGGCUGGGGAGCUGUGAUCGAACACACGCUGGCUGACAUGCUGUACCACGUGGAGACGGACGUGGACGGACGACGCAGCCCUCCGUACGAAGGAUGAACACGGCUCGAAUUCAGUACGCCCUCGCACCCCCCCAGUCAAAAACAUCUUCAGACAGUAAAAAUAAAAGCACCACACGCUGCAGCAAACUGUCACUCAAAGAAACCGUGGCUGAUUUCCUCCCUUGCGGUUUUAAGUUUUGCAAGACGGGAAGUUAAAACGUAAAAAAAAAAAAUACGCUGUUAAAAAAUGAUUCCACCAAGAUAAUAACGGUAAUGAUAAUAAUCAACUUACUUUUGGUGCUCCGCUUUAAGAAAUAUCAACAUUUUGAAGUUGUAGUCUUGCUGUAGAGAGAUCUCAGCAGGGCAUCCUGUUGAACAGCUGAUGUUCUGCAUGUUGUUGCAGCCAAACAGACCCACUUCCAUGUGUCGCACACCUUCUGUAGACAAGAGCCCGUCCUGCAGUCUUUGGUGCGUUCAGUUUUUUUUUUUUUUUCUGCUAAUUUUGUUUGUUUUAAAAUGUGUGUCAGUUACUUACUGUUUUAUACUCUGGGUAGAUAAAUAAAAAUGAAAUGCUACAUGGAAAAAGUUGAGCUCAUUAAUGAAUUCAGAUGGAGAUAAUGCAGAUAAAUUAGUGCUCUGCAUUUCCUUCACUGGCACACAUCUUGCAUCUUUUUCCAUAGCUUGCAGAUAUUCUGCGUAAGCUCACCUUUGGGGA